AUGAAUCCCAAUUGCGCCCGGUGCGGGAAGAUUGUGUACCCCACGGAGAAGGUGAACUGUCUGGAUAAGUUCUGGCAUAAAGCAUGCUUCCACUGCGAGAGCUGCAAGAUGACCCUCAACAUGAAGAACUACAAGGGCUAUGAGAAGAAGCCCUACUGCAAUGCACACUACCCCAAGCAGUCCUUCACCAUGGUGGCUGACACCCCGGAAAACCUCCGCCUCAAGCAGCAGAGUGAGCUCCAGAGUCAGGUGCGCUACAAGGAAGAGUUUGAGAAGAACAAGGGCAAAGGCUUCAGCGUGGUGGCAGACACACCCGAACUCCAGAGAAUUAAGAAGACCCAGGACCAGAUCAGUAAUAUAAAAUACCACGAGGAGUUUGAGAAGAGUCGUAUGGGCCCCAGUGGGGGUGAAGGCGCAGAGCCAGAGCGCAGGGAAUCUCAAGACAGCAGCAGCUACCGGAGGCCCCAGGAGCACCAGCAGCCGCCGCCACACCACAUCCCAACCAGCGCCCCAGUUUACCAGCAGCCCCAGCAGCAGCAGCUGGCCCAAUCCUACGGUGGCUACAAGGAGCCUGCAGCCCCUGUCUCCAUACAGCGCAGCACCCCAGGCGGGGGUGGGAAGCGGUACCGCGCCGUGUAUGACUACAGCGCAGCCGAUGAGGACGAGGUCUCCUUCCAGGAUGGGGACACCAUCAUCAAUGUGCAGCAGAUCGAUGACGGCUGGAUGUACGGGACCGUGGAGCGCACUGGCGACACGGGCAUGCUGCCAGCCAACUACGUGGAGGCCAUCUGAGCCUGGCCCGCUGGCAGCGCCCCGCCCCACCUUCCGUCUUCAGUGCAUUCCACAGCAUCGCAUCCAUCCUGAAGUGGCCAUCGCCCCUCAGGAAUCUCUGUUUUUUUUAAAUCUGCGACAGCUUGUUUCUUCCCACUCCCCCUUCCAGCUUCUUUUGUCAACUGAAGCCUUGUUCUGCCACUCCCGCGGGCUCCUUUCUCUGGCUGGUUAUCCCCUUGACCAACUUCUGGGUCAUCUCUCUGGAUGG